AUGUCGCAUCCGCUCGUGGCAGCUGUAUGGGAGCAACUCGGUCGUCGUGAUGUAGGCAACAUUUUGCGAGAGAUCAUCGGAGAACAUGCGGCAGAGCUGGCCGUGUUCCAGCUGCAGGAUGAUGUCUCUCGUAUUGGUCCACUCAUACGGCCAGUGUUCUGGUUCAAAGCCAUCUUUGAUCUCCAGCGAGCCCAUCUGCAGGGUCUGACCAAUGUGCAUGACUGUCACCCGUAUUUCCUGCCAUAUCUUUUACCUUCAGAAGCGAUUUUCUCGACCUUGAUGUACCUUAUCCGGGUCAAAUCCGACUUGUUUCCGUCAAACACUCCUGUACCUCCUGAAUUUGUUCGUCAUCGACACUUCAUCGCCCAGGUGCUCCUUGGUGGAAUCCGCUUACUUCUUCUACGUGGAGAGGCUAUCCCUUCAGACCUGAAAUUCAAUCUGGAGCGGGCGAUGAGAGCUGCAUGGCAUCAUCCUGAUUUGUUUAGCGUAGAGAGUUAUCUGAUCAGUGAUCUGUUACCGAAAGCUAUUGAUCAGAUUGGCUCUCCGGAGCUGUCACAAACGCAGAGCUCGUUACUGGCUUCUAAUCACACAUUUCUUCCAACGUUUGCAUCCGGCCUGUAUCCCUUCUCAAUAGCUCCGGACACUCUCAUUCCAGAUCUUCUGACUGGCAUUGUCGGGAAUAAGACAGACCAUCUGACCUCGUUUUGCACUCUAUUCGAUAUCGUGAAUGCCGCCGAAUUUGCUCUCGUCCAGUGCCAUGUCGAUCGCCGUCGCAUUUCCCAGGAGCAAGGAUACUCCAGCCCUGCAUCCAACAAGAUUGAAGAAGCGUUUGCCCAAGCCCAAGAAACCCGAAGGAGGCUGGUCAGGACCGUAAUGGCAGCAUUUGAUGACGAACUUACGGCUCCUGCUCUCCAGGUCUUUGCGACUCUGAUCUUGAGCCAGAACGCCGAGGGACAGCCGCCACUACAGACCCGAAGGAUCAGGGACAGCUGGACACAUCUGUCGCGCAUUAGAGGCGUGCUGGAGGAUUCUUUGGGACUUCUAGUCAGAUGGCUCAUCAAUCGGCGGGUGCAAAUGUGGGACUGCAAUGGAGAACUUGAGUCCUUUUCUCAAGAUUAUCAGCGCCAUCUCACACAAUGGCUUCAAAACUCAUCAUUACCAGAAGCAGGGGUUUAUACCCAAAGAGGAGCCAGGCAGUCCAGCGUGCUCUAUGCUGUUGACUGUCCUGCGGUCCACAUGGUUCCUAAGGCUUUGCUUGAGGAGCAACUUGGCAGUCACGACAGCAAGCUCUAUGAGCAAUUGCAAGAAAGCCCAGAGUUUCUUUCCAUGAAUAUCUCUUGCCCAUUGUGUACAGGAAAUAUUCGUAUUCGGCACGCUCGCAUGAUCAAGCCUCUUGAACAGAUUUCGCAUGCGUUACAAGAUAUGUCAGACUCGGACUACAACAAACGCCACUCUAUUCCCGACUCGACUUCUAGGGAUACAACAUCCCAGUCUAGCUCAAUCAGUCAUUCAACCAGCCACUCUUCAACUCGUUUAGAUCCCGGCGAAUUCCCCAGGAGCCCCGUCUCACCUAUAGCACGCACGCUAGGGUUCGCCGAUUUCACGAAGCCCCAAAGCACCUCCGCCUCAGAUCUCCUCAGUCCACUGUCGACGCCCCCGUCCUUCGACCAUCUACGUGAAAAGCAAGCCACACGGUCUCUCUCCCUGGAUCUGAAGAGCGUGAAGAUACCGUUUACGAGCGGAACCUCCUUGUUUCGAAAAACGUCAACCAAGCAGCGACUACCUCGACAGCCAAAAUUCUGUUUCUCGACAACAGGACGGACUCUUUUGUUCUGGGGCGCUAGCAGCGGUUGGGUAAUGCGGUUCGAUCUCACAGGCGGAGAAAGCCAUAAAAUUAAAGGUCACCGAUAUGAUGUCUCGGGAGUCCAGUAUGCAGUGGCGGGAGACAGGCGUUGUGCUGUGAUUGCUCUAGUUGGACAGCAUCUCGAGCUGCUGAUAUUCGAAAAUACGAGUACUAUUGCUGAUGCAUAUCUAAAAAUUGAAAACGGACUUCAGAGUCAGUCGAUACCAUCCAUAAGCAUGGCCAUGUCUCGUAACGACAGAUUUAUCGCCUUUACUAUCAGGGAUCAAGUACGGGUUUAUGAACUUGGCACAGGAACCAUUCGGCGGGUCCCAGUAGGGGACCAGUUGGAUCAAUACCCAACGCUUGGAGAAUAUCUAGCUCCAGUGGCCGAUACGACCAAUUAUUCCAGCGAGGGAGAACCAGAACGCAGAACAGCCAGGCCAGGAGCAGUCAUUGAACGCAAAGUCCAGUUUUCAGUCGAUGAGAAGCAUCUGGUUAUAGCAACUCACAUGGGCGACCACUACGCUCAUGUCGAUGUCUGGGGCUGGAAUGCUGGGCAAUGGAAUAUCACUUCGGACAAGUCCAGGCUGUUCAAACUUCCAUCAUGGACGACUAGUGAUGGAGACCUUACAGGCGUAUUCUAUGACAGCUUUCAUUUCGCUGUCGUAUUCACGGCCUUUCUUGGAAGGGAGUAUCCCAUGCUGGUCUCUCUGGCUGAUCCUAACAUCGUUAGCGAUCCGCUCAGCAUCAGGAUUGUUCAUGCAGCACAAUCGCCAUCAGGAACACGAUUUGCCGUGGCAAACGGGAUGAAUGAGCUAUACAUGUGCGAAUGCAAAGCCAAUGCGAUCCUCACUCCCUACCCGCUGAAAAAGGGCGGCACCAAGAUAAGCUCUGCGGCGUUCAGACCUGGCAGCUUGGUACUGGCCUUCCCGCAGGAAAGUGAGAUCCUAGCCUUUUGGGUGAAAGACAGCAAACUGCUGCUGAGGACAAUCCGACUCGGCGAAAACGUGGAGGCCGUCAGUGACUACGACCUGCGGCCGGACUUUGACCGUCUAAUUGUCGAGCGGCCCCCAAUCAUCAAUUUCCCAGCGCAACGAAGGCAGGAAUCAUUGCUGCCAGGGCGGCCAAUACCAGAAGUCACCACGAAAGCCCCCGUACAACGGCCAGACAUGGCAGAACUUCCAGCAAUAUGA